AUGAAAUCAUCAAAUAUCAUCGAAAUUAACAAAUAUCUUCAAGAAUCAUGGAAUCAAUCAACAAUAGAUAAAAAAAAGAAUGUAUUACAUGUUGAACCAUCAACACACAAAGCAAAUCUAACAAGUGGAUCUACUACUCUUAUGAGUGACUUGAAGAAAUCAUAUACAACCUUUAAACAAUCAUCACCAUUAUCUGUUGAUAAAAAAGAUAAAGAUACUCCUGCAUGGGCUUGA